GUUAUUAGCAGGUUUACAUUUUUGUUGUCAUACCUAGGUAUGAUUUGGAGUCCAUCGGCCAUAGCUCCCACGUCGUGAUAGUGGCCACUCUCUUCCAUUGUGUUAGCGACUGUCACGCUGUUCUGUCGUCCAAAUCCCGAAGUCCCGUUUCCGCGUAGCGAAUCGCGAAAUCCCCAAAGAUUUUUCGCGAGGUGUAGUAGAUCUAAGUAGUGUGUAAACAAGAAAGCAGAAAUUCCACUAAUUAGCAUAUUACGAAAGCGUGUGCCAUGUGGUUGGAGAGUAGAGUCAAAAGUUAGAUUCGCAUAGUUCUACUAGCACCUGUGUGCGAUAUAGUUGCUGUACAGAUAUCAUCAGUGUGGCUAGCAGAGCUAGGAAAAAUCGAUUCGUUCGGUGUGAGAAGAAAGCAAACACCGACAUACAGUGCGAUAUGUAACGAAAAGAUGCAGCAGCAAGUGCGGGAUAUCGUCGUCGGUGUAGGAAGAAGAAAAUUCAACAUCCCCUAAGCUACUAUCGUGCGGAGGGAGGUUAAUCGGUACUCCAGUAUAAUCCCUGUAGUGAGAUUGAACGACUGCUAUAAUGAAUGCCGACCGGAACAAGCGACAGUAUCGAUCCGGAAACAAUCUGUUCAGCGAUGACGAGCUGGAAUUAUCAUCGUCACAGGUGCUGGAGAAGGUCAAAUCCGACCGCAUACCGUCGACCAAACCGGACGAAGAUCGUCGCCGGCGAACGAUCAUCGUCGAGAAGAAGAACGGUUCCUAUGGGUUUACACUACAGAGCUACGGGAUCCAUUACAAGAAGGAGCAGGAGGUUGAGAUGAUCACUUACGUGGACUACGUCGAGUACGAUGGGCCGGCCUAUCGGGCGGGUAUGCGUGAAGGCGACGUGAUCCUUUCGAUCAACGGAUACGACAUGGAAAAGGCCGAACAUAAGACACUGGUCAAUUUCAUUAAAAACUGUGAUAACCGAAUGAGAAUGGUGGUGCUGUUUGAGGACUGUUGUCGGAAGGUUGAGCUACAUUUGAAAUACAUUCACCUUCAGGAGCUGUUAAAAAGUAAAAUGAAUGAUCUCGAGCGGAUAUGUCUGAAAGAAAGAGAACUGCUGGAAGGGAAAUGGAAAACCCAUAGUUUACCAGCACGCAAAAAGACCAAUCCUGCCACAGAAGACAUCGAUCCUGGUUCUACGACUGAUGUCGAAUCGGCAUCCGGUUCAUCAUUUUGCCGCCCAGCUUCCUCGACGGAGGAUGUCAAAAAGCUCCUACGACAAAAGACGUACAUUGUACCACCGCCCGCCCAGUUCAUGCUAGCGUACCAUUGCUUGGACAGCAACUACCGCUACGUAAUACACCCAUCGACAUCGACAGGUGCUACCGGCAACGCCGAAUACCCUUCGGGCGCCACAUCGUUCAACACCAGCUGUGCUCAAACAACGGCCAAAUUGUGUAAAGAUCAUCAGCACAUUAUUCGCGGUUCUUCCCUUGACAAUAGCAAAGUGGGCAGCGGUCAGCAGCCGAAGUCUACAUCACCAACCAAGAGUCUUCACAACUACGACACCAAAUCAACGAAGUCAUCAUCGCGAAGACACCUCCAUGGGCACUCGUGCAAUCCCUGCAUGGGUCACUUCCUUCGCGGUGGCGACAAAGGCAACAAAGCCGACAAGGACAAUACCAGCCUUGACGCAUACGACCUCGCCAGUCCUUGCUGUGAUCCACAAUGUGUUCCAUCAAGGCGCAAAUCUAAACACCACAAAGACCAUCACCAUAAGCACAAACAUCGGGACAAGGAACCAAAAGAUAGCGGAAAAGAGCGCAUUCCUCGUCCCAAGUCACAGCCACACAUUUCACCACAGUCACAGGCUAACUAUCUGUAUCGCCAUAGUAAAGAUAAGCACGAACAUCACCAUGCCAAAGUUUACGACCUAAACGCUAGCUUAACUAGUCAUUGUAGUCUUCAUUCAUGCACAUCCAGCGAGUUCAAUCCCGCCGCGGAAAAUUCGCCAGCCUCCUAUAGCACUUCCAUAAGCACCGAUACGUUGUAUUGGGAACCUCACAGCGAAUCAACGUCCGCAUCGGCCAGUUCGACCCACAAGAAGCCCCCGGUAACGAGCUCAGCUGGUCCGAGCCGACCGCACACCCAUCAACACCAUUACUAUGUACAGAAGUACAUCAACCCUCAUACCGGCCAAAUACAGCCCAUUGCCAUGUACGCCGGGCCUCCAGUGCAUAAGCCCAAGUCCUGGGACAACCUCGCAAUGAAAGGAUACGGAGGCUAUGGAUACGGUUACGGUUACCUUGAUAUGAACAAAACGAACAUUCCUGCUGCUCAGACUCGUACACAAACCACCAUUACAAUACAACACAGAAACUCCAUUCCAAAGAAGAACGGCUACGAACGAUACUCAGCUUUUGUAGAUGUAGAGAACUAUGCGCCUCCGCCGACGCAGUUCCUUCAAGAAACAACAACCACAACGACAACCAUCACCACCAAAUCGACCGAAAACCUGCUUGCAGCGUACAACAUCUCGGACCAAAGUUUGGCGUGUGAGUGCAUAGAGGGCCCAUCAAGUUCUGGAGCAGCCGGUGGCGGAAGUGGAACUGCAAUGGAAAUACUGCAUGACAAGUCCGGUUAUUACUCCAGUUUGGGCGGUACAUCGGGUAACAGUGCCGGGAACAAAAAACAAAUGUCCAACCUGACUGAGAUUGCCCGACUCUAGUUUAAUUGUUUGUAUGUUAAGGAUGUUUAAAAGUAAAGGUGUUCAAUUCUUGUUUCGGUCAAUACAUUCUCUAUGACUUA